UGUAACUGUUUUCUGUCGUCUAGUGAGAGCUGUAUGGCCAAUUAAAUGGCUGAGAUACACGAGAAUUGACUCCAUAAAGUCCGGACUCACAGUCACAUCAAGUUUAGUUUCGAGUCAUUAUGGCAUCAGAUGACAUUUCAAAGCUGGCUGAUGCUCUCUCCAAGACCCAUGUAGGGGAUGGAGAGUUGAGCUAUAAAGGCCUGGGACUGAAACUGGACAACGCAGAAUCAGUUGAGGAGGUGGUCCGCGAGAUAGAGCAGUACCAGGGUCUGAGAGCUUUGCGCCUGGAGGGGAACACUGUCGGUGUGGAGGCAGCCCGAGCCAUUGCCAAGGUGUUGGAGAGCAAAGACCUGCUCCAGAGAUGCUAUUGGAGUGACAUGUUUACGGGAAGGCUGCGCUCUGAAAUCCCAACAGCUCUGAGGUCCCUGGGCAGUGCAUUAAUGAGUGCUGGGGCCAGGCUGACUGAGUUGGACCUAAGUGAUAACGCCUUUGGGCCAGACGGUGUGAAGGGAAUCGAGCAGCUUGUGAAGAGCCCUUCCUGCCACACUUUGAGGGAGCUAAGGCUCAACAACUGUGGCAUGGGGAUCGGAGGAGGAAAGAUCUUGGCUGAAGCUCUGACUGAGUGCCACAGACAGUCAUCAGCCCUUGGAGCUCCGCUAAAGCUGAGAGUGUUCAUCGCAGGGAGGAACCGCCUGGAAAAUGAAGGAGCCUGUGCCCUGGCCAAGGCCUUUCAGCUGAUGGGCAGCCUGGAAGAAGUCCACAUGCCCCAGAACGGUAUCAGCCAUUCAGGUGUGAUGGCGUUAGCUUCAGCCAUGCGACAUAACCCAGAGCUCCGUGUCCUCAACUUCAAUGACAACACUUUCACCAAGAAGGGAACACUGGCCAUGGCACAGGCUCUGAGGAAUCUGAGAAACAUCCAGGUGAUCAACUUUGGCGACUGUCUGGUCCGCUCUGAAGGAGCCAUCGCCCUCGCUGCAGUCUUGCGGGAGGGACUGCCGAUCCUCAAUGAGCUGAAUUUGUCGUUUGGUGAGAUCACAGAGGCAGCUGCGCUAGUGGUGGCUCAGGCAGUCAUGGACAAACCUCACAUGGAGAAAGUGGAUCUGAAUGGUAACUGUCUGGGAGAGGAAGGCUGUGAGGCUUUGAGAGAGGCUAUGGAGAACAUGGAUAAAGGAUACAUGCUGGCAUCACUCAGUGACGAUGAGGGAGAACCUGAUGAUGAAGAUGAGGAAGACGAUGACGACAAUGAACAGGAUGAUGAUGAUGAUGAUGAUGAUGAUGAGAGUGACGAGUGUAAUGAAGACAACGAGGAGGACAGAGAAAAUGUGAAGGAAAAUGGGGUGACCAGAAAAGAAGACAGUCCUGCUAAACUUCAGAGCCCAGCAGAGAUCAUGUCCUUCCUCAGUUGCCCCUCUGUUGAGAAGCUGCUUCAGCUAGGAGAGAUGAGGACAAACCUGCUGCAACAGGUUGAUGCAUCUGACCCAUACAAGGCUGCUGAUGGCCUUCUGAAAAUUGCUUCUUUGUACAACGAGGAACCAGAGACCAAGACAGCUGUUCUAGAAACUACUGAUGAUGUGUUAAAAAAGCUCCUCUCUGGCUCAGCCCUCCAGUCAUACUGCUUCCUCUCCACACUGCUGGUCAUGAUGGGACUCCUUAAGGGAGAGGGGAAGAUGAAAAAGGUGUCAUUGGUCCCAGGCCAGCUGUUGUGUUUGGAACACGCUGUCCAGCAGGACUACUUCCUCCAGCAUCAUGCCUUACUGCUUCACAUCUUCAUGUCCAAGAACAGUGAAGCUCUCAAGUACUACAGUGCUGCCAGAGAGAGGCUGAGCUCUGCUCUGGAGAAGAAGUGCCAUGACCAACGCUGAUCCUACCAAUCAGCCAUUGCCUCUACCAACACUGGGAUAUGGACGGACACACACGCACACGCACGCACACGCACACACACACACACGCACACACACACACACGCACACGCACACACACACACACACGCACACAGUACUGACAUUCAUCUUCUUUUUUUAUUAACAAAACCGACAGGGAUGCUUUACACUUGAACAAGGGACUCAGACAACCACUGAUCGCCGCUCUUGAUUUGUAUAUUUUAUGAAGGCAUGACAAAGCCUGUCCAGAAUCUCUUAAUUUUUUAUUUUUCUACCUAUGCUUGUGACUUAUAUUUUUAUAGAAAAUUUAGAUACAAAUAAUAAAAAAUUUAGAAUUACACGUCAGAUAACUGUGAGGUUAAUGUGUAAAAAAUGAAAGUAAUCAUAACUGUGCGAGGAGCUAACAUUAGACAAUGUCAAUCUGACACUUUUUCUAACAUAUUGCUUUGCAUUUAGUUACAUAUAGUUUCAGAAUUCACUGUUAAACAAAAAAACAAUGCAUCUAUUUCAGACAGGGUCCUUACACAGCUAUGGAAAUGUGAGAUGAAGGUUAUUUCCAGAUAAAUUUGGAAACUCUACAAUACAAUUUGGCAUUGGAUAUUGUCACAGUAUUCUGAUAGACACAACUACGGAUUUGCUGUAGUUAAAACUACAGCUAAUCCGUGAGAUACGAGUUUAAAAACUCUUCUCUCACGUGCUGUGAUAUUUGUUACAUUGAAAACUUGGGUAUGAUGCAGUGCUGAGACGGAAAUGGUAAGGCCACCGCAACCAAACAUGUAAAUCAUGUUGAAUAAAAAACUCAAGUCUAUAAAACCAAGUAAGGUUGUCAGCACUGAAGAGCUGACUUUAUUGUUCCAUUUUAGUGUUAGGCUGCUGUACAUGCUGUUUUGUUCAUUUUUAUUUUUUUGGCAUUGCUUGUUUGAAAAAUUCCAUGGUGAAAGGGAAAGAAGAAAAACUUUGAGGACAGUCUGUCCAAUCACAGUCAUCAUACUGCUGCUCAUAAGGUCCAGUCAAGUCAGAGCACUGUGUGCAUCAGACUGUGAUCAGGAAUGGGCUGCACCACAUACUCACCCAUGAACCUGAAUACACAGCGCGCGUGCGCGUGUCACCCUGCACUGAGCACAGUCAUAACACUGCUGAGUUCAGGGGGCCAGAAUCACUUUUACAUAAUGUUUCUUUUCUUUUUUCAUAAUCUGUAAAAGUGCUCUUAUGACUUUGUUGCACACAUUGAGUUGCAGUGUGUUACCUCAUACAGUUGUUUAAGUGUUUGUGAUUUGAUAGAGCAUUUAAGGGGACUACAGAUAAUCUUUUGAUUAACAUUAGACUGCAUUGUUAUGGUCAGGAUAAUGUUUGUUUACCUGAUAUGUUGUUAAUUUGAAUGCUCUGUCUUAAA